CUACAAAAUGAUGUACAGUAAUAUAUGCCCAGAGUACAAACUGAAAUGAUAUGCGCGUGUGUGUGUUGCUACGAGAUGCCGUUGACAGCCAAUGACAGUUGCUCAUGUAUUCUAUACGUUUCUUAUGAAUAAAUCCAAGGGGCGGGUCUUCACGCCGAGCGCCGCAGAUAUCGAUAAGGCGUAUUUCUCCCCGCUGGAGUGUUUUCUGCUGGAGAAAUGGACAUGCGCUGCCAACGAUAUCGUUUAGAAGCGGCUCACAUAUUUACUUAAGCGGUGCGAUUUGUCCAGCGCGUUUGUAGGGGAUCGGAUCCUGGGAAAUGGGCCGUGCAUGGGAUAAGCAAGACCGUUAUAACCGCUUCUGCACAAUUACCGGAAAACAACCCACGAACUGGAUACCGUCCAUACCAGGAGCUGGCAGCGUCAAUUUAUGAUAUGUAUAAUCUGAUUUGAGUGAUAACAUCGAUAUUCUGGAUUUAUGGCCGUUCUGUCAUCAUGAUAUCGGGUGUGUAAAAGGGGCGCGCGCUCGCGAGCCGCAUCCGCGCGAGGUGUGCAUCUCAACAUGACAGUAACAUCCAGACAAGGAAGGAUACCGAGCAGGAAGACCUGUGUCUAUCCGGGGGACAUUUUAUCAGGGUCGGAUGGCCUGUCCUGAAUAAGAAACAAGUGAAAAUGGAGAGUUCAAGGAUGGUCCCGCGGCAUCUGCUCGGAUGUUGUGUGUUUCUGCUCGCCGCUGUGAUGCUGGUGGGCUUCACGGUGACACUCAGCACACACAAUGCAGCGGAGCUACCUUCCAACGUGUCCAGAAGGAGCAUCAAUCAACUUCCGGCAAGAACACGCUCACCUCCUGCCUUAUCUUCAUCAUCCUCAUCUGCUCAUCGCUCUGAAAGGACCAGGCGUCCAGCACACACGCCUCCAGGUACCAAACACCCCUCACCAUCCCCAGGUCACCAUGACAGUGCCUCCAGCAUAGAUCCCACCCCGUCCCUUGGAUCUGAAGGCUCGGGUAACCUAGGCGAUGGGGCCCAAGGCAUCCACUUGCUGUUACGUCCACCAGAUCUACUCACGCCCAGCCAGAUGCCACCUCUGCGGGACGACAGACUCCCUACCCCAGCCCCACCCACCCUAGUGCCACCCGAAGACUUAUAUCCAAUCCACUCGGCGGAGAUGGACUGGGGUUCUGGAGACUACCUGGAAACUCUUACAUUCAUGGGAUCUGAAGGAGAGGAGUUUUCACUGGUCACCACAUUACCGACGCAUGGAUACGAUCCAUAUGAUUUUGACGAAGAUGCCACGGUUAGCUACAACACAGCUUUCCCUUCCCGUCCCAUUCUUCCUCUUUCAUCCAGACACCUCCAGCCCAGCGCUACCGUAAAAUAUGGGACUCAUUUAAGGACCGCCCAUCCUACUGAUCCCCGCCUCCCAUUGGCUCCUGAUUCUGAUAGAGACGAUGAUCUGGAUUUCGAUUGGGCGGAGUUGUUUCCUAUUGAGCCAACCGAAAUGCUGCUUCCCGACAUGAACAGUUUGGAAUACUACAACACGUUACAAGCCAAAGAGAACGCUAGUAUUGCGAGGAAUAAAACGCAUCCUCAUAUUACUCCCACGCACACUUUGGGACCCACCGACAGUCCUACUGGAACUUUGGGAAAAGUCCCGGAUCAGGUUGAUGGGAUAACUCAUCAACCAAUUCCAUCUGAGAAACCUACAAAACCUCUUGUCCCAUUGAGCACUGAGACCCAGCGACCUCCAAAAGCUCCGGAGAAGGGUGUUCCUUCCAUACCUACAUCUCAUAUGGGCAAAACCAAACCAUCAGUGCCAACAGCGCCCCCUCCAGCCAGCAUCUCUGAGGGUCCAGUAAUACAAGCCGUCACGCUGAAGCCCCCUGCUACAAAACCCCGUACGACCACAGUCAAAACCAUCUCUAGAACUACAACAACAACAACAACAACCACCACUACUACAAAUCCCACAAGCCUCUCCACUAAAAGUGCACCGCCUACAAUUCCCAAAAUUCAUCAGCCCAUCGCACCACGACAGAAUGUCUGCAACAUCAGCAAAUCAGAAAUGUACCUUGUCCGAGUGGGUAUGCCAAGUGGAUCAUCAGUGGAGUUUGCUAAAAAUCAUGUUCUUGAGAUUCUUCGACGAGAGUUUAACCGUUCAGUGGAGCUAAAGGUCCACAAAUAUCCACCCAAUUUUAUCUUUCGGGCUUUUUCUGGUCCACUGGUCUACACUGCUGUGUCAGUCAUCAAUGCUCUCCGCCAACCAAUGCACAGCACAUCGUCUUCUACCAUUCUCUCUGUUACAACUAUAUAUGCAGUGCCUGAUUACAAGCAUCAGGUCCACACAGUGCUGCAGUUUGUGCCAGGUCAUGUGGAUGUGCGUCUGUGUAGCUUUAGCGAGCGAGUGGAAAAGGGGCUCCUCAUGGCAUAUGCGGAAGUGCGCAAACGCUCACAAGAAAAUGGGAAUUUCACAGUCCAUAUUGUGAACAUAACUAGUAGCCUUCCCAAGGGUCAGCGUCCGCAGAAGGCUCCAGUGGACAUCACGUUUGCUGUGCGUGAUUCUCGUGGUUUUCUAACUGGAUCGGAUGUGAGCGGCCACAUGAGGCAGCUUAGUGCUGUGGAGUUCAGCUUCUACCUUGGUUUUCCUACCCUACAGAUCGCUGAACCUUUUCAUUAUCCUGAACUCAAUGUGUCCCACUUGUUACGUGCAUCCUGGGUGAAAACAGUUUUACUGGGUGUGUUGGAUCAGCGUGUGAACGAGCGGACCUUUCAGGCCAAAAUGGAGCGACGAUUAGCAUUGCUGGUUGGAGAAGGACUUGGGAUCGGAAUUAACAAUCGACGAUGGAGAAGAUCUACUAGUGUUGGCAACAAUAGCGUACAGAUUGUGCGAGCGUCUCGACUGGAUGGGCCUGACUAUCCGCUGGAGCUGGUGUAUUUUGUGGAAGAGGGUUCGGGAGAGAGACUGCCAGCCCAGGCCACAGCGGCAAUGCUGAACAGACUGAACCUGCAGAGAGCCGCCAUCGUACUGGGAUACCGCGUACACGGAGUUCUAGCCACACCGGUGGAAAAACUGGCCCUGCCGCCGUCUGAGACUCAGCCCAGUAACGUGUGGCUGAUCGUAGGAGUGGUGGUCCCAGUGCUGGUGGUGGUCCUCAUCAUCAUCAUCCUCUACUGGAAACUGUGCCGCUCGGAGAAGCUGGAGUUUCAGCCAGACGCCAUGAGCACCAUCCAGCAGAGACAGAAGGUCUGGGUCAAUGAGUGUGUGUAUGAAUGUUUUACCCACUCACAGACACCACUUGUGAAGGAGUUGCAGCCUCCCAGCGUUAAAGGCUUUGAUUUUGCUAAGCUGCAUCUGGGGCAGCAUAGUAAGGAUGACAUCAUGGUAAUUCAGGAACCCGCCCCGUUACCGCCGUCUGUCAAAGAGGCCACACCCUCAGAGGGCGGUGAAUUGAACACGCCUAAAUCGAAGAGCUCGUCUACGAAAGCAUCACGUGCAGCACGAAGGAGAGGCCGGUUGUCUCCAUCUGAUGGUGAUUCUUUAGGAAGUGAAGCAUCUAGUGGUAGAGAAUCAGCAGAGGAGAGCACCAGACCUGCUGUGACACCCAGUGACAGCAAACCCCAACAUCGAAAGAGCAAGCAUGCUAAAAAUAAACUUGGUGCUCAGCCUGGAAGCGGUGUGGAUGAGCAGUUGUCCUCAUCGUCCAUAUUCGAGCAUGUGGACCGUGUGUCUCGAGGCUCGUCCGAUGGAACACGCAGGGUGUCCAAUAAGAUACAGCUUAUCGCCAUGCAGCCCAUGCCGAGCCCACCCUCACAUCCACAUAACCAACCCCUGAGUCCCAAUCUGACAGACAAGAUUACUGACGGAGCAAAGGUCAACAGUGAGAUCCAAGUGGCCUUGAGGCAUAAAUCUGAGAUCGAACACCAUCGCAAUAAGAUCCGCCUGCGUGCCAAACGAAAGGGCCACUACGAGUUCCCCUCCAUGGAGGACAUCAUGGCAGCGUUCGGCGACAACUCCGAGCAGCAGCGAGUGUAUCAACAAGCUCAGGAGCAGAUACACAAGAUCUUGCAUCCUGACGAGCACACACACUCGUCGUGCGGAGAGCCACGCAAGAGUUCCAGAGGAAGACGCUCACCCAGACACAGGCAGAGGCAGCAGAAUUUAAGUGGAAGCGGAAGUCCGAGAGACAAAGAUCGCCUCAUUUCUGAUCGAGACGCCACCUACAGGAAGUACCCUGGGGUCAACAACGUAGCCUAUGUGUCUGACGCAGAUCAGCUCCCAGAUGCUGGAAGUCCUUCUCCUACUGAUGAGGUGUUUUUAGACCCUGGAUCGCCUCCGUCUGGCCCCGCCCCUUCACCGCCCGCUUACGUCCCCCCUCAGCCAACCAUUGAAGAAGCCCGGCAGCAGAUGCACUCCUUAUUGGACGAUGCUUUUGCUCUGGUCUCGCCCUCUUCUCAAGGAAGUCCUGCUCCUCUAACGUUUACUGGCGUUACGGCGGACACUGGUGUUGGAGGAAUCAGCCCCGGUCAACCUUCCAGCCCGUCUCCACGCCCUGCACGCCAAUGGGGCUCCUCUUCUUACCCAGCAGCUCCUGCACACAGUCCUUUCUCCGCUAGGUAUGCAGAGCUAGGAAUGUCUCCCACAUCGGUCCAGGGUUUACUGCAGAGGCAGACACAGGUCUCUGGGUAUCUGGUGUCUGCAGAGAUGCAGUCAGAUCCUGGGUAUUCCAGCAGGGGACAAUAUGGAGACGAGAUGCCCUCGUCCUCUCGACCACGACCAGUAGGGGGCAGCACAGGUGCGCAGUUGCAUCAGUUGACACAAGUGGGCUUGUCGAGUCGGAUUGGAUUGUAUCCUGGAGUUGGCCGUAGUGUUUCUGGACCCUCAGGAUCAAGCUGGGCUCAGUACCGCUCAGAUGAGGAGAUCUCUCGACCAGGAUCCAACCGAGAGGCUAUAAUGACAUUCCCAGAAUACUCUUCUUCACCAGUAUUCCAGAUGCCCAGGACGUCCCUGCAGGAUUCUGCACCCCCCCAGUCCCACCUGGAAGCCUCAAACGCGGGUUACAUCGCCCCAGAAGAGCACUCUCCACCACCUCACUCCUCCGCCUCUCUCAUCAAGGCCAUCAGGGAAGAACUGCAGAGACUUUCUCAGAAACAAGUUGCUGUCGUCAGCUACCACAGUUGAGAAAGACCAUCCCAACACCCCAGUCCUGGUAAACUUCCUAAUGUACUACUUUAAAAAGAAAAAAAAAACUCACAAACCCAAUGGCUGAGAAGCUGCUUUACACAAAACCCGAACCAAAAUCUUCAAAUUCAAGUACGGCUGGUCUGUUACACAUGAAGAAAUACUAGCAAUCCUCCAUACUGGUAUUGCCAGGAGAUUUCAGUUUCACUGCUGACAUGCAGAAAAUAAACUUUAAUAAUGUUAACAAAGAACAAAACUCGCCCUAAAAAAACUAAAAAGUCCAGACUGUUUAGACAAAUAGACAAUUGUGCCCCUUAUUCAGACUCUCAUUUUGCAUGCUGAGAGCUGUCAAGACUUAGUGCUGACUGUUGCUAAUGUGAAAACCCCUCCCCUUCGGUUCCACGUCUCUCAAAGUGCUUCCUCCAAAUGGCUCAUUUUCACGUCUGUGGACUUCCUCUGGUGCUAAAACUCAUUCCUGGAUUCAUUUCAUGAUUCCACA